GGGGAGACGGACGGAGCUGCAUCAUGUCCACGCUGCUGCUGCUGCUGCUGCUCGGCCUGCUGCUCUGCGUCCUCCUCCGCAGAAACAGAAGAGCCGGAGAACCUCCUCUGAUCCAAGGCUGGAUUCCUUUUAUUGGAAAAGCUCUGGAGUUUGGAAAAGAUGCUCACAAAUUCCUGGAGGAACAUAAGAAGAAGUUUGGAGACAUCUUCACCGUGCAGAUAGCAGGUAAAUACAUGACCUUCAUCAUGGACCCGCUCCUGUAUCCCAACAUCAUCAAACACGGCCGGCAGCUCGACUUCCACGAGUUCUCCAACAAGGUGGCGCCCUUCACCUUCGGCUACCCGCCGGUGCUCAGCGGGAAGUUCCCCGGGCUGCCCGAGCAGGUCCGGCGCUCCUUCCAGCUGCUGCAGGGCGACAGCCUGACGCCGCUGACAGAGAGCAUGAUGGGAAACCUGAUGCUGGUGUUUCGUCAGGACCACCUGGGGCGGGAUGGCGGCUGGAGGAGCGGCAGCCUGUACGAGUUCUGCCACUCGGUCAUGUUCGAGGCCACCCUCCUCACCAUGUACGGCACGCCGCCCACCGCCCGUCGCCACGGCGGCAUGGACGCGCUGCGGGACGACUUCAUCAGGUUCGACAACAUGUUCCCGCUGCUCAUCGCUCAGAUUCCCAUCUGGCUGCUGGGACGGACCAAAGCCGUGCGAGACAAACUCAUCGACUUCUUCCUGCCGCCGCGGAUGUCGUGUUGGUCGAACGCGUCGCAGUUCAUCCGGAGGCGGGCGGAGGUGUUCGAGCAGUACAGCGCGCUGAGGGACGUCGACAAAGCAGCCCACCACUUUGCCAUCCUCUGGGCGUCGGUGGGGAACACGGCGCCGGCCACUUUCUGGGCGACGUACCACCUGGUGAGCCACCCGGUGGCGCUGCAGGCGGUCCGACAGGAGAUCCAGGACGUCCUGCGGCUGGACGGCGUUCAGUGGCGCGGCGACAACGACGUGACGCUCAGCCGAGAACAGCUGGAGCGGCUCCCCUACCUGGAGAGCGCCAUCAGGGAGAGCCUCCGCCUGUCCUCGGCCUCCAUGAACAUCCGGGUGGCCCAGGAGGACUUUGGUCUGCGGCUGGACGACGAGCGCUCGGUGCCGGUCAGGAAAGGAGACAUCAUCGCCCUGUACCCUCAGAGUAUGCACCUGGACCCCGAGAUCUACGAGGAGCCGCAGACGUUCCGGUUCGACCGCUACACGCAGGACGGCCAGCAGAAGACGGAUUUCUACAAGAACGGCCAGAAGCUCAAGAACUACCUGAUGCCGUUCGGCUCCGGCUCCUCCAAGUGUCCCGGCCGACACUUCGCCCUCAACGAGAUCAAGCAGUUUGUGAGUCUGCUGCUGCUGUACUUCGACCUGCAGCUGGAGGACGGUCAGCCCAGAGCCUCGCUGGACACCAGCCGGGCCGGACUGGGAAUCCUGCUGCCGGCCGCCGACGUCCGCUUCCGCUACCGGCUCAGAACCCAAGAACAGGACUGAGGCUGCAGCUUCACGAGGCUUCAGGCAGUCCCAAGAACCUGAUGUUCGCAUAAAUCAGCGUGGAAGAGAACGAGUUUGUCUAAAUCUGACAGUAGAAUAAAAAUAUGUAGUCUCUAAAAUCAGCAGAACACAGCGAUGGCAGCUAGGUGGCGCUGACCCAACGUUUGUCAGAAUGAUUACAACUAAGAAAAAGACAGAACUGUGUUUAAGAUGAAAGAAAUUGUCUAGAAUGACUCAACAUUUGUCCAAAAUGGCUAAAACUCGCCCAAAAGGAUCAACAGUUCCUCAAAAUGAUGAAAAAUUAGUUGAAAUGACAGCAACGUGCCAAAACCUGUCCUCAGAUGAACCGGUCCGAAAUGACCCAGAAUUAGUCCGAAAAUGACUGAAAUGGUCCAGAAUGAUUCGACAUCUGUCUACAGCGGCUCUACGCUUUUCAAAAUGACUAAAAUUUGUUGAGAAUGACAAGAAUCUGUCUAAAAUGACCAAUCUCAUAAGACUACACAGUGGAGCCCGGAGUGGAGGAGCGUAGCGGCUGUACAGCAUCCGCAGGAACACGCCACUUCAAACAAUCAAAGAAGUUCUGUCUCCUCCUUCAUGUGGUUCUGGUUCCACAGAGCUGCAGAGAAACAUGAACACGAGUCAGAACUUCAGCAGAACAGAUUUACUUGUUCCGGUUUUGCUGCUGCUCUGAAAUGUGACUUUUCUUUUACUGACCAAAACUGUUAAAAUCUGAGCAAACCAGCUGUGAAACGAAAAUGUCCAGAUGUUUCAGAUGUGUGAGUAAAGACACUAAACUUUGCACUUGAAUGUGAGGAAACUGUAGAAAGCAGUCUGAGCUGUUGUGUUCCACUGGACUGUUGAAGCAGGAAGCUGAGUUGUGUUUCUGCAGCGUUUUAAUGAUGCUGUGGAUGAUCAGCAGGAAGUCUGAUGUUCACCUUUACACAUAUUAAAGCACUGUUCUGUUGUGAGCGUGGACCAGCAUUCAGAUGUGAUCCCACUGCACUCUGUCAUUUAUUUAGGAUAAUAUGCUUUGUUAUAAAUUAGUAAAAUGCACGUCUGUAUAAUGUGAUGUUGUUCUGUUUAAUUCACUUACUCAGAAUUUCUUUUUUUGUCUUUAAAUUCAGUUUGUAAGGAAACGUAGCAUUUUCUGAUUGAAUGAGUUUUGUUGUUUUAUGAACUCGAGCCUGAUCGAUUAAUCCAUCUUUGAAUAAAAACUGUGUAAAUUCUG